CCCCGGUGUUGCACGUCCCCUUAUCGCAACUUAGAGCACAAAAAGUGUUUAAAAGAGCCAGAAAUAGAAUUAAUGUGCCAACCAAGGACAACCGGAUAAGUUUUCUUUUCCGAAUUUUCCUCACGUUUGUCUUGAGCGGUGAAAUCAGGCUGAAUGAAGCAGAAUGAGCUCCGAGGUUUGUCCGUUCUGUGGGAAAUCAUACAAAAGGCUGAAAACUCACCUGCCGCACUGCAAAGCAGCCCCGAACUCCAAAACCCCUCCGAGCAAACGCAGUGGGUCCAGAUCGUCGUCCCCGGUGGCUGCAGGCGUCCCAGCAGAGAGGGGACAGACGGUCCCCGUGUCCCCUUCAGAGACGCCGCGGCCGUCUUCACCCCUGAUCGCCGCCUCUCCAUCAACCAAGAAGAAGAAACCGAAGUCAGCUGAUCAGCUGCAGGCCGCCACGUCUCCACCUCCACACCCCGAUGCGCCCAAGAAAAAGACAAGUCUCCGAGAACUGAUCGAAGCUGCGAAGUCCAGCCGGGUCUCAGGAGGAACUCCUGAAGAACCGCUUUUAUUUUCACCUCUGAGACCCAGAACCGCCUCUCAGACCAAAACCCGAUCAGACAAAGAGAGUCUGCAGUUUGUUUCUGCAGAAACGAAACGGCAAGAUGCACCAAAGAAGACGGCGUCCAAAGAAAGAAAGACGAAAGUGGACGACCGAAGCGUCAGACCAGGCGGAAGAGACCCGUUCUGGGUGAGUGAGGAGGAUCUGACGGUCAGGCUGAACCCGGGAGGCCGAGCGCCGGUGAGCGCUACCCUCCAGAACGUCAAGGCCACGCUGGGCCGCGCUCACGGCACCCGCCGGCCUGGAUCUGGAUCUGGGUCUGGGUCUGGAUCUGGAUCUGCUGACAGUCUGAGCAGCAGGAUCCGGCUGGAUGCAACUCUGCGGGACCAGCUGGAACCGACCGGGAACCAAGAGCCAAAGUCUGAGCAGCCGCGUCCUCAGAGAGGCACACUCCCCCCGGCGGGGCUCCUCGCUACGGCCCCGGCCCCGGCCCCGGCCCCGGCCCCGGCCCCGGCCCCGGCCCCGGCCCCGGCCCCGGCCCCGGCCCCCGGUCAGCGGCUCCUCGGCCCUGUGGGGGCGGAGCCUCUGCAGCUGGACACCCAGAAACCAAACACAGCUGAGGAGCCAGAAGCCGCCGUGGCGCGGCGCCGUCUGGGACAGGUGAAGCUGAGGGAGCUGCCCGAGUGGCUGGCCGGCAGGACGCCCGGCCGACCCUCAGAGGUCGCCCAGAUGCUGCAGAGAGGCUGGCGCUGGUACUACCGCAGGUACAUCGACGUGAAGAAAGGGGGCGUGGCCGGCGUGGGGAUGCUGCUGGCGGGAUACUGCACGCUGAGCUACAUCUGGACCUACCCUCAUACCAAGCUGGACCGCUGGAGGAAAUACCACUGACGUCCGGAGGAAUGAGGCUUUAUGAACCUGCCGUGGAGGAAGAUUGUUUUUAGAUAUCAAUCAUCCUAAUAUUUAAUUUGCGCAUGAUUUAUAAGGCAAAAACUCUGAAGAUAAGACUGAAGAAAUAUUUGAAGUUUUUGGAAAGUGGGCAUUAAAGCUGUGACCUCAGAGGUUCACUGGAAGAACCAGGAGAUUUCAUUAAAACGAAUCUUUGGACGUGUUUGAAUGUGUUUGGAGUCUUGUUCAGGAGAAAGUGGCGUGACGGUCAUGUGACUGGAGCUCAGCCUCACUGUAUACCUACCCUCUCAGGCUGGGGUGUCAAACAUGAGGCCCGUGGGCCAAAACCGGCCCACAAGAGGCUCCAGUCUGGCCCGGCAAACCACCAAGCAAAUGAUGAAAAUUGACUUUUUUUUGUUUUGUUUUUGUUUUUACCAGAUUUGAGUAGCAGACCAAACACUGGAGUUGCUGCCAUAAGAGAGAAGCGCCUCGCUGCUCCGAGCCAGGCUGUCAGGGUGAGUUAGGAAAACUUUAAAGCAAAACGCGACAGCGGCAGACAGAGGAGAACGUUUUUAUACAUUUCACUGUAUUUUGUUCAGAUUAUGUCAUUUUUGGUGGUCGCUGUUUGGUUUUGUGAAAAUAUGGACAUCUUCAUCACAUAGUCUAAGAAAAACAUCAAAGAUUAAAUUUAAAGGUUAUUACGGAGCUAUUUUAAGAUGAACUCCAGCUACAUGUGACCCCUGACCCCUGAACUCAAAUGUUUGACACCCCUGCCUGGAGCGGUCUCGUCACAUCCUUGAGAAAUUCAGAACUUUUCUAAACCGCCACACGCUGAUGUUUCCUCUCGGUCAGUGUUAUUGCCACGUUUCCGCUCCGUGUGGAGUUUCCACGUCGUCGUCUGGUGAACUGACUGUUGAUUGACCUCUGACCUGUGCAGGGUGAACUCUGCCUCCACUCAUUAUCACGGCUGGAUUUCUUCUCAUUUUCUGUGAACAGCUGUGUGUUUUCUGCGAGGCUCCGCGGCUCUGGUUCCAGCGUGCUCGGGCCCCGCCGUGCCCCCCGGCCUCCACUAGGUGUCGCCGGUGGGUCGUGCAGCUCCCCCUCUCUGGGUUGGCCGGACUGAAGUCUGCUAUGCCGGGUUUUCUCAGCUCCUUUUGUGCAGAAGCAGGCAGGAUUACAGGGAAGCAGCAGAUUUCAGAGCGUGAUAAAGUGAGGCUGUGGCGGCCGUGAUGCCGGGCAACACGGAAUCCCCGUGUCCGUGAAGAGAUGCUAUCGGUGGAGGCAGAGGCUGGGGUUUUUUCUUUACUGUGAUUAUGCAUGCUUCAGUGUGUGAAGCCUCUCAGAACUGAAGGAGGCUCCGGGCCGGACGGCACCGCUCCAGUU